AUGGGGUCAUUGGAUGAAGGGGCGCCUUUGAAUCUAGACCUUGAGAUCGGAUUGAAAAACGGUUCCUUUGAGCUUCCCUUCGAGCACCAACCAGAGACUUUAGCUAUCCAAGACGCUGUCAAGCUUCUCCUCCAAUGUCUUCACGAAGAUGUCAACAGAGAAGGCAUCAAAAAGACUCCUUUUCGUGUCGCCAAGGCCCUUCGUGAAGGCACCAGAGGUUAUAAGUUAAAGGUGAAGGAGUAUGUACAGAGUGCUCUGUUUCCAGAAGCAGGGCUAGAUGAAGGAGUUGGACAAGCAGGAGGAGUGGGAGGACUUGUUGUUGUUAGAGAUUUAGAUCAUUACUCUUACUGUGAGUCUUGCUUGCUUCCUUUUCAUGUCAGGUGUCACAUUGGUUAUGUUCCAUCUGAGCAACGUGUCUUAGGAUUGAGUAAGUUCUCUAGAGUCGCUGAUGUUUUCGCUAAGAGGCUCCAAGAGCCUCAGCGUUUGGCUGAUGAGAUAUGCUCUGCUCUUCAGCAUUGGGUGAAACCGUCUGGUGUCGCUGUUGUUCUGCAAUGCUCUCACAUUCACUUCCCAAGCUUGGACUUUGACUCGUCAAGCCAUGAUGGGUUUGUGAAGCUAAUGGUUUCCUCUGGGUCAGGAGUUUUUGAGGAUGAAAGGUCGAGUCUUUGGGGUGAGUUUCUGAGUUUCUUGAAGUUUAGAGGCGUGAAGACACAAGCUAACGGCUCUGUGAAAGAGUGGUGUCCGAGCGUUAAGUCUAAACUCUUGCUUGAAGAGGAUCAAGAAAUGGUUUCUGCGGUUGUUACCAUUCUGAAAUCAUUAGGAGAAGAUCCAUCAAGAAAAGAACUCAUUGCUACACCCUCUCGGUUCCUCAAGUGGAUGAUGAACUUCCAAAACGUUAACCUCGAGAUGAAGCUAAACGGCUUUAGCUCUGUUAAAGCCAAUGGCGAGAUUCGAGAGAAGAAGCUGCACUGUGAACUAAACUUGCAGUUUUGGUCAAUGUGUGAGCAUCAUUUGCUUCCUUUCUAUGGAGUUGUUCAUGUUGGCUACUAUUGCACUGAAGGAUCUAACAGCAAUGCUAUUGCAAGCUCGCUCGUGAAAUCUAUUGUACACUUUUACGGGUUCAAGCUUCAAGUGCAAGAGAGGAUGACUAGACAGAUAGCUGAGAAGCUAUCACCUCUUGUUGGUGGUGAUGUGAUUGUAGUAGCAGAAGCAGGGCAUACUUGUAUGAUCUCUAGAGGGAUUGAGAAGUUUGGAAGCAGCACUGCUACUAUUGCAGUUUUGGGUCAGUUUUGUAAUGACAGUCCAGCAAGAGCAGCGUUUCUAGACAAGGUCCAUACAACAAGUGCCUUGUAA